GUAGUCGAAAAGUAGUGAUCAGUCUGUGUUGCUUCGCAGUUAUGGAUAUAAAAACACCUUUUAUUCAUAUCUACACACAUUCACGAAUUCACUUUCAUUGCAAUGGUUUUCAAAAACAUCGCUUCCAUUCAAAUUUCAAUACACAUUGAAAUGUGUUUUAAAAUCAACGUUCAAAUAGGAAAAAAACCUUUGCUAGGCGACAAGAUUGUUCCGCAAAGCAUAAUGUGAGUAGGCUCACAGAGAUAUGAAGAUCAGUCAAAAUGGCGGAUAUGUUGGAGAGUAGUUUGACUUCCAUGGACUGGCUCCCUCGCCUAAGUGUAGGGGGAGCAUUAAGUGGCAACCCCAUUGCAGGUAGUGGUGGUGCAGAUUCUAAAAAGGGGCUUGUACCAAUUCGUAAAUCCCCAGGAUCACCCACAGACCCGAGUGCAGUUUGGGAAAAUGGAUCGGAACAUCAUCAUCAGCAACCGAAAGAUGGUAAACCUCCGUACAGCUAUGCAAACCUUAUUACAUUUGCAAUCAACAGCUCAACGAAUAAGAAAAUGACGCUGAGUGAGAUUUAUCAGUGGAUUUGCGAUAACUUUCCUUAUUACAGAGAAGUUGGCAAUGGUUGGAAAAAUUCAAUACGACACAAUUUAUCUCUCAACAAAUGUUUUAUGAAGGUGCCCAGAUCGAAGGAUGACCCAGGAAAGGGUUCAUACUGGGCCAUUGACCUAAAUCCACCAGAGGAUCCACUGAUGGCGAGGCAGAAACAGCGGAAGAGGAGGAGCAGUGGAAACAGGUCUCCAUACAGCCCAGAAGACAGCUUGCAUAGCUCGGGAGGCAGCAUAGGUUCACCCACUUUAGCAUCACUCAAUGUGCAUCAGUUGCAACAGGGGGAUUUAUCCAACAGGUUGUUUGAUUCAAAUCCUAACAUUGAAGAUCUCAGUGCAUCAUUCAGAAGUCUAUAUAAACAAGUUUUUGAUUCAUCACAAGGUAGUGUACAGUUCUUACAACAUGUUGCAAAUAGUUCAUCAGGCUCACAUCUGUUCAACAUGUCCCACAAUAGUAAUGGGUCACUAGGAAGCAGUGGGGGCAGUGCCAAUGAAAUACCACAGAUCAACGUACAGACAAGUUGCUCAGCUAACAAUUCUUUUAAUUUAGGUGGAUCUGCGAGUCUAGAUUGGUUACAGAACUUGGACUUCCUGAAAGAGAGUAUUCGAGCAGUGGGUACUGGUAGCUUUAAUAUUUCUGAUAUUGACAUGUCACAAUUUCAAGGCUUAAUGGCAAGCAUGAGGCAAGCAGACCAGAAAAACUGGUCCCUGGAACCAGACCAGUUUGCUAAUCUGGCAUCCUCUCUUAGUCAGUUCUUCCAGCAGACCGGCUUGCUUAACCAGAGUAACGGAAGCAGUAGUCUUAGUAACAGCAUAGCUAGUGGUAUUUCUAAUACAGGUAGCCCAUAUUGUAACAGUCAACGAAGCAGUUUAUCAAGUGGGUCUGGGUUUGUCUCGCCACACUUGCUCAGUCCCAACAACAGCUUGACAGCAAUAACACAUCCACACAGCCCCAUUCACCUCCAACAACAGCCUGCUGUGAUGGUACAAUCAGCCAUACCCCACCAGUAUGUGAAGGAUGACAACGAAAUUGAGGACACAUUCGAUUGGGAUAGUAUAAUCUAAUUAUUUUACUUGUAAAUGUGGUUUGACAAGCUAAAGAGUAUUUGCAAGUAAAGUGAGCACAGUAUCCUUAUUUUGUAGUACCAGCACCAAAACCCUUGUACGUAGCUCAAUGGUGGCGCUAGGAUUUGCCCAACGGGGGUCUGAGGUCCCCAACGGGGGUCCCGAUGUCCCCCGACAAAAAAAGCGGGCGUUACUCAAAAACUCUCGAAAGUGUUCCAGGGGUUCGCCCCCGAAAAAUAUGACAAUUUAGGGAUUUUGAAGGCUUAUUUAUUUCCAAUCGAUUUUCGAGUCUUAAUAAUAUGUAGAAAAUUUACACAUUUUUUUUCCCCCUGACGAAUUGGGUUUUCUCCUUGCCCCCGCUGGCGCCACCCCUGACAUAGCUAUGGGAGGAUGAACUCCCAUAUAGAGGGCAAUAGUUAUAUCAGUUUUUAGAAGCGAAUGACGUUUAAUAAUUCUAAACAACUGCACUUACAUGGUGACGAUGGCAACUUCCAAGACGAAACUAGGAAAGUGAUAUAUUUUCAAACUGGACUGUUCUCUCUUUCCUUUAAAUACUCUUUUGCCAAACAUGGGACAAAUUGGAGGAUGAAUAAGUAGAUUAGUAGAUGGAUAAGUAGACUUAACAUUAUUCUAUUUACAUCAUUCUGAUCACUUUCAAUAUGUCCCUCCUUUACUUCUCGAUACCAAUUAUUAUAUUAAUUAUAUUAUUAUACCAAUGUGCAAAAUAUUAAGAAUGUUCUUAUACAUAAACAGACUUUAUCAUAUUACAUACAGUUUGUGUAUGUAUAAAGACUUAACAAUAGCCAUUGAUCCACUUGUAAAUAUAUCUGUAAAUAUUUUUUUACAUAAUUUUUAUGUUUCAUUAAUGAUUUUCAGUACUUUAUUGAUUGUAAAUGACAAUGUAAAAGAAUCACAAAAUAGCUGCUAUUGUGACCACACCUUGUAAUUAAUUAAUAAUUUGAUUAAUACUAAAUUUGUAUCUGUUGGACACCUGUAUUUUGAUACUGUCAUAAAAUAUUUUUAUUAUAACAAAAUUCUACAUAAUUUAACACAGCUAAAAUCAAAAACAUACUGUACAAAUUUUAAGGUAACUGUUCUGUAGAGCUAAUAAUCUUGAACAGAAAAACAAUAUUUCAACUUACUAAACUUUCAAAUUCAAAUUUAAAUGACAUUUAUUCACUUCAUUACUUUACAUUAGAGAAAGAAAAUAUUUCACUCCAAUUAACAUAGAUUUUUUAAAAUAUUAAUGUAAAUAUUUGCACUUAUUAGUAUAUUUUCCUCCUAAUGAACAGAGAUGCAUAAAUAUUUAUAUUCCUAUACUUUUUUAUUUUUUUACUUUGAGUGUUUUCUAUAUUUUUUACUAAAGACAGUUUAUCUUAAAAAAAUCCCCCAAACCUUAAAAUUAUAUGAAUACAGUACCUUUAAAAUGUGUUAUUAAGGUGAAUGAAGACAGAUACAAGGGAUAACAAAAGAUAAUAAAAUAACCUCUCUCUUAAGAUUGAAAAUUUAGACGCCUGUUGCGACAGUCAGCGAAGUUAACCCAACAUGAUCACUGUAUAUAAAUAAAUAUUCCUUUUUUUUUUUUUUUGUAAAUAAUAUUCAAUGCUUUUAAAAUAUGAUCUAUUAUAAGUGUUCAAAAGCAUCAAUACAAUAUCUAUUUUAAUUACAAAAUAAUGUGUAUUCGGUGUGCCCUUGUUGUGCGUGUGUGUUUGCGUGUUUUUACGUUUACUGUUGUUAGCCGUUGCUAGAUUACCGAGUGACUGUUGUGGAUAGUGGAUGGACCUUUUUGCUAAGCCCUGCUGUGCCUAGGAAAUUAUUGCUAAUGUUCCACUAACCAAUAGUGUCAUUUGCAGCUGAAUUUGCCAAUACAGUACUGGUUGUGCUACAUGUAUAUAUUCCCUGGUCCCCGGUUUUGAAAGGUCCAUUGUUCUUAGACUUAUAGAAAGAAUUAUUUCUGUUAUAAAAUUGAAAUAAAACUUUUAAAUUUUAUAAAUAAAAUAUAAGACUUCAAUCAUGCAAUUCAAAAAUUAAAUAUUUUAUCUCUCUCAGAUGUUAAGUUUAUAAUGUGGCUCUCCCAUUACUUGAGGUCAUAAAUGUACACAAAGCCUGUUUUAAACAAAUAUGUAUAUGCCAUACAGCACUUUAAUACCUGAAAGAGCUUUUUAUUGCAUGAAAAGAUCGACCCAUAUAUUUUUAAUGAAGUUUUAUCUUAUCUUAAUGAUAGAUGUUUACAAUUUUAAACUUACAGGAUCAAAAUUUAUUGAUGUCCUCUUUGUUGGAGAGCCAGUUAAAAAUCGGUAUCAUCCGUCCAAUUUAAAACCAAAUUGCAAAUUGCUAUCAUGUGGCUAGACAGACUACUACUUCUAAUUAAUAAAUCAGUAUUAAUCAUGUUAACGAUGAUAAUGAUAUAAAAGGCUGAUGGGUGGUUUUGAUGAAAUUGACUUUUCACAACUGCAGAGUUACUUAAAAGAAUAUUUUUUAGAAACAUGCAUUUUAACAAACUACAGUUGUUUAACAUAUUUGAUGUUUGUAUGUACCAGCGGUAGGCCUAAUUAGUAUGGAUCUCCAAGCAUGUUGCUAAUAAACAAAUAUCCUCUUAUAUUCCUGUAAAUCUGUUUACAAGUGUAUUACUUCGAAGACAAAAAAUCUAAUCUUAAAAAGUGUUCUGGUAAAAUAUAAGGUUUAUUUUUUUGAUACAUAGGUUGUUUGCAUAUAUUAUUAUGUUUAAAUAACAUAUAAUGAACGUUACUCCGAAUAUUGGGUUUCGACCAUUAUUGGGUCAUCUUUAGGAAUGAGAAAACUUUCACAGUUAUUAGGUUGUGUAUGUAUUAUACAACACUCCAGUAUAUAUAGUGCGUUCUAAUAUGUAUAACUUUUUAAAAUUAAGACUUAUAUUACUGAACAUUUUUUGAAUUCUUGCAUGCUUAAUGCACUUUACAUUGACAAAGUUUAAAACGUUCAUACAGUACAUAAUGUGAUUAUUAAGUACAGUAUUCCAAAUAAGUAUCAUUACUACCGUUAUACUAAAAUAUUCAAGCAUUUUAAUAUAGCUUAUUAAAUUGAAAAAUGUAUUCAUGUGAGCAUAUGUACUUAAAACAAAACUAUUACUGCUAGUUUCGUAUCUGAUGUUUAGGACUACAUUCCAUGCUCAUACUGUACUUUAAACAAUUUAGAAUCAUGAGUCACCUUGAUAAUGUUUUCAGAUGAUUGAUGUUUUUGAUACAGAUUAUAUAGUCACUUAUAAAAACUUGAUAAACAGUGGCAUAUCUAGGUUUAAUGUGGUUUCCUAUAUGUUCCCCCUUUGAAACAUUUCUGGUUACAUGUUAUUUAAAGUAGUUAAAAAUUCCAUCAUAACUCAUGACUUCCCCAGGCAGUUCUCAUGUUCUCAUUUCCCCCACCCCUAUCACACACAUUUUAAAACACCUAGGUUAGCCACUGUCAAUGGGUCAUUAUUGAAAAACAUUUUAUUAUAAGAACAUUUUUAUACAUUCAUCAGAUAUGAUUUGAUAAAGGUUUGUUCCGAUCAAGUUCGCAUUAAUAUAAUUGUCAGAUUAUCCUACCUCUGUUGACCCCAGUUAUAUAAGUACUAAUGAGGGUCAUGCAUGUUAAUUUUCAUAUCAGUCUUUAUUUGACCUCUUACUAGGUCCAGCACGACAAGCGAUUCAUAAUUGAAAGCAUUGCAUGUAUCAUCACGCAAAUUGCGGCAGUAUUGUGGAUAUAAUUACAGUAUGCGCCAUAUUACCCGGUGGAUGCGCAUCAGUUUUUAACAGUAACACUAUUAUGAGUCGCUUUGUCAUUAGAGAAUGGUUUGCCUUGCGUGUAAUAAUGAAAACCACAUGUCAACAUUUUCCUUAGUCUUUUUAUGGUAUUCCGUCCAAUUUGUAAAACUUCUGUACAUACAUAUUAAUACAUUUCAGAUAGAAAAAUAUAUAUAUAUGUAGGUAUAUUGGAAAAAAAAUGUAGAUCCAACAUUUGCACGUUUUGAUGAGUAAAUUAACGUGAACACUGUUUUACCUUGAAGAUAAGGUUUCAAAAUAGUAAGCUAGUUCCAGAUACCAUUGAGUACCACACAUGCAAGAUGUAUGCUCUGGUACUUCUCUGGUACGGUCAUGGUCCUUAAAAAUAUUUAAUAUUAGAAUGCUUUUUUAAUUUAUAGAUGUUUUCAUUUUUCUGUACUACACUGUGUGAAGGAAAAAAAAUAAAUACACUUAAAGUACAGUA